GAUUGGGCCGCUGCUUACACUAGGGAUGGCACCUCUGACAGAAGGAUCACUGAUUAACGCUAAAGCGAGGGAUGGAAAGUUGCGUCGCCAUAAGCCUGAGGGACCUGAGCAGGGAGCUGACUUAAACGAGUCCAUAUUUCUGGACGUGGAAAUCGACGGCAAACUGCACGGUUCCAAGCGACUGAUCAGGCAACACUUCGACCUUAACUUGAAUGACACACAACCUUUAGGAAGGAAAGUGGCGCACUCUGCUAUCUACGUAUCGGAGGAAAGAGACAUCAUCUACAGAGAAGAUGUGGAACUGGACGGAACUACUAGCACAUACGGAUUGGUACGUCGCGGCGAUGUUCUCGACUAUUUCAACGGCAGAGGAAAAGUGUUGGAACUUCCAUCUGAUAAGGAGGCAGUUACACUGCCACUAUCAACACCAAAUUCAGGUUUCCCCAUACUGACGGAGCUUCUUGGGACAAAAGGGCAACCACGCCAGCAACGAGCGAUUCUGGAUGACAUCGAAAACGCAGUCGUGGUUAAAGUUGUUGUCUUUGUGGACACGGCCCUGGUCAAUAAGUUUCUACCUCUGAACAACAACAAAAUGGACAAGACUCGAACUGAUAUUUUAAAGUUCUUCACACUGGCGGCGAACGAGCUUACCAUAAUGUAUCAGACGUUGAAGCAGUAUAAUAAUCUGUUGUACAGAGGCGCAACGGCUUUGCCUCAGAACAUAGCUGUACAGAUUGUGAACGUAGUGUUUCCACCUGGGGACACGGAUUACAGCUUUGUGACUUAUAACCUCAACCAAGGGGUCUUGCAUUCGGCAGUGCUUUAUUCGUUCGUACCGUUCCUACGAACGUACAUAUCACCUGUACCAUAUGACCACGCGACAUUUGUUACCGGGUAA